AUGCCAAGUUUCACACAAAUCGGAUCAGUAGUUUCCGAAUCUCCGAAUCCGAAAUCGUCGAGAUCUGGUGUGCUGACGGAUAUCCAGACGUACUUCGUCAUCGGCGACGAUGAGGGUGGCCUGCUGCAGACGGCAUUUGUGCUGUCCUACAUGAUUUUUGCGCCCCUGUUCGGGUACCUGGGGGAUCGAUACUCCCGCAAAUGGAUCAUGGCCCUGGGGGUGUUCCUGUGGAGCUCCACCACCUUUAUAGGGUCCUUUAUGAAUCAUUUUGGUUGGUUUAUCACGUUCCGAGCGUUGGUUGGAAUCGGAGAGGCAUCGUACAGUACCAUUGCGCCGACCAUCAUUUCGGAUUUGUUCGUGGGUGAUAUGCGAUCCAAAAUGUUGGCCAUGUUCUACUUUGCGAUUCCGGUGGGGUCCGGCUUUGGUUACAUCGUCGGAUCGGAAACGGCACACUUUUUCCAGUCGUGGCGAUGGGCCCUCCGGGUGACCCCAAUCCUAGGCAUUAUCGCCGUCGUACUGAUCGCCAUGCUGCGAGAUCCGGAGCGGGGUCAAAGCGAAGGCUCGCACCACAUGGAAGCCACCUCCUACCGGGAAGACAUCAAGGACAUCGUCCGGAAUCCAUCGUUCAUGCUUUCGACAGCCGGCUUCACCUGCGUGGCCUUCGUCGCCGGUGCCUUGGCCUGGUGGGGCCCCAAAUUCAUCUACCUAGGGCUUGUGUCGCAACCUGGCAACGAGGACAUCACCUUGAAUGACGUAUCGUUCAAGUUCGGUGCAAUUACCAUGACGACCGGUAUUAUCGGGGUACCGCUGGGUUCGUACCUUUCGCAGCGCUUCAACCACAAGUAUCCGCGGGCGGAUCCGUACAUUUGCGCGGUCGGACUGAUCCUGAGCGCUCCGCUGCUGGCCGGCGCGAUGCUCAUGGUAUCGGUCAACGCAACGCUGGCGUACGUUUUGGUAUUUUUCGGGGAGCUAGCACUGAAUCUCAAUUGGGCAAUUGUAGCGGAUAUUUUACUGUACGUUGUUGUGCCAACGAGACGUUCCACGGCAGAGGCGUUCCAGAUUUUGAUUUCUCAUGCAUUCGGUGAUGCGGGCAGCCCUUACUUUGUUGGUGUGAUUUCGGAAGCCAUCAAACGGUUACUGCGGUUAUCGGCCAUCGGUGUAGCAACCGUAUUUCCGGCUGGCCUAUCCAGCUACUCGCAGCUGGCGGAAAAUGCUACCGAUAGCUCGUCGCUAGUAGCUUCGUCCUCGCUAAGUCCGCUGGAUCUUAAUCAUCUAGCAGGCGCUCCGGAUGGCGGGGAAGAUACCCCGGCAAUGCAGUUCCGUGCCCUGCAAUAUGCACUGUUCUCGACCAGCUUCGUGGAAGUGAUUGGAGGAGUUUUCUUCCUGCUGACUGCGAUGUACAUCCUCCGGGACCGGCAAAACGUGGAACGAGCCGUUGCAGAAAGCCAACAGGGCACUACCCCGGCGCAUCGCCUCGAGAAUUCCAUAUCCAGUUCCUCGGUGUCGGAUUAGUAGUGAUGAUUAUCCUCGACGAAAACCAUCCUAAGAUUAAGCUAACUUCUCUAGAUUCGCCAUAUCGAACGUCGAACCAAAAGUAAUGAGAGUGUAACCGGGCAGCAGAGAUCGUAUAUCGCAAGGAAAGAAAAUUACGAUGAAUUAACUCAACGGGCAGAAAGAACGACUACUAUUUUAGAAUGUUUCUAAAGCAAAAGGUCUCUGUUUUAUCAAACCUUCCGCUGGGUUGAAUAUAAAUAUUUUGUGAUACGGAAUCUACGAAUAAGCGAAAAUAAAGUAUUGCCCCCACAUUAGGAUCACUUCUUUCGGAAGUAAAAUUCGCUCAGAAACAAAAAAAAACUAAAAAUUUGACCCCUCUGAAUAAAACGAUAAGGCCACUAUUAGGACCCCUAUGCGAGUUCAUGGACGUUUCAAAAUUGUUUGGUUAACCAUUUAAACCCAUUGUACGUUAAGAUAGGAACAAAUUCGUUUAUAAAACAUACCGAUGCGUCGAAAAAUAUUCUUAAGUUAAACAAAUUCCUAUUGAUUCAAAUCGUUUCUCGCAAUGGACAAAACGGUCAUGAACUCACCUAGGAAAGUAUAUGGUAAAAUCAGCGUCUCUCAGCCAGAACGCGUUUGGACGUUUUAUGUUUGUUUAUAGAGUCUUAAUAUAAAAGAACAAAUUCAAGCUCACUGUAUCAACUGCAGCAACGACUGAUAUUAGGGUUAAAUUUAGUGAAGUUAUUUUUGGCUAUUUGUAUGAAUUUCUUUAAGUCCGCUCUACCUUCAUAAUUCAUAUUUGUUCCACUCGGUAACUGUUUAGUACACGAAAGUUAGCUGUUUGGCAAUGGGCUCUAAGACACGCAAAAUCAGUUUAGAAUAAAUGCGAAGAUUCACAAUUAUACCUAGAUAUAGACAUAGAUAUUUCCAGAUGGUGGCUGAGCGUAUGAGUGUGAAAAUGUGUGUGAAAAUCAAACCAAUCCAUCGAGGAUGGGACUGUAAACCACACUAGGAGGUAAUCUCGCAAAAGAAUGUAAGGAAGUCUUGUUAGAGAAACCUCACUACCAGCAAUAAUAGGUACAUACAUCUUUGAGAUAGAGUUUAGAGACUGCCUUUACAAGAAAAGAAGUGAACUGUAAAGUAAAAAUUGCAAAUCGAAAUUGUAUUAAGCAACCAACCAUACUUGUCUGUCUCCUGGUAGAAAAGAGUUUUUUUUUUACUUUUCACUUUUGAUAGAAGGGUUUCAAAGUUGAUUAUUUUUUGUUAACGUCCUCUCAGAAAAGUCAGGUAGUAUAAAUAACACAAUAGAGCCUAGAUAUUUAUUGAUGAAUUAUAAUUUUGUUAAAGUUGAUAGUUCAUACUGUAGCAGAAAUAUUACCUUUUGCUAAGAAGCCAAUGCGGAAUAACUGUAAAUAGUGACUCAUAUAUAUAUAAAUACUUUACAAACUAUCACAAUAAUAAAGAUUAAUGAACCGA